AUGGAAAGGCCGCCGCUAGCCGAGUUCCGCUGGCCUCCAGCAGACGAUGUGUGCGUGCGUGCGUGCGUGCGAAUGGGCGGCAGCCUGACUCAUGCUCGAGCUCGCUCCGAGGGUCUAUCUAUGGUCGAUGCCAUCGCAUCCCAGAGCGCGUCGGAAGCUCUCACCGACGCUCGGUCGGUCAAUCAACGUGGCAUCGCCGUCUUCCACCCGUCUCCGCAAGUGCUCCUAUGCAUUUCACGGGACACUCUCCUCCUCGCCACGCCCACGCCCACGCGAAGCGAAGCGGUGAACCGCCAUCCCUUGUCGCCUGCGGGCGUGAGAGGCCGCCAAGACACUGUGUCCUCUGCACUCGACCUCACUUCAUUAUUGACGCGGAAAACACUGGGAAAGAAAGGAGAAGAGGAGCGUUUUUUUUUUGGAAUCGUUUUCGGGUCACUCAGACCAUAUUUUACAUCCCCAUGCGACCGUGACCUCUCGGCGAAUGCGAAACCCAUCCUGAAGAAAAUAAACCAUGCUGUGUCCAUAAUCAUGCUCUUAGCACCCUGUGCUACCCAUAACGCCCCCGGAAAAUGCAAAAGUCGUUCAUGCAAAGCUAUUCAGGAGUCACGCCGUCUGUUGAUAGACAGCAGCCUCAGCUGA